CCUCGCAUGAUAUAGCACGCUCAGAGGUAAUUUGUACAAACCAGCCCAUUGGAUUGAAGAGACAACAUAAUCCGAGUUCGUUACUCCAACGCCCGAGGAUGGUCGAACCUCGCUUCACACUUCUCGCCGCCGGAGGAGGCGUUUAUGCAGUAGAGUCGGGAUAUCAAUGCGUGCGUCUGUAGGCGGGAAGUACGAUGUGCUGGUCCUUCUGCCCGGGAUUUGUCGCUCUCUCGAAGGAAGAGCACAAUGUCAUCUGCCGUGUACGCCAUGUACGUAUAGUGGUAUACUUUUUUGCUUGUUACCCAGACCGGUGAGGUUUCGUUUCACCGCUCUCCACUAUCCGAGCGGAGGGAUCCUCGAUGUUGCCGUUUCCACGAUCGGGCUGUCGUGUCUCUGAAGAAGAGAUGCCUGGUGAGUGAGAACAAGUGGGUUCUGCGCAUUUCCAACAUCGUCGUCU